AGGAAGAUGGCAGGGUGGGAAGAAUACUUCAGGACCCUGCUGGUGACUGUCACAUUUGGCUUUUGUCUGUUGGGUGCAGUGAAUGGCCUGCGGUGCUAUCAGUGUGUGGGGAUGUUCCAUGAAUGUGUCCAAUCAGAGCAAUUGUGUACACCAAGGGAUCGUUCCUGCUUCUCAUCUACCAUCAAACUUUUCUAUUCAAACAACUAUACGGGAGUAUUUUUGCUUCCAGAUUUAGAAAUCGCUGAGUAUGUGAUGAAAGGCUGUUCAGGGGAAGGCGUAUCCAAUCGCACAGCUAACGUCUAUUCAGAAGACGAUCAUGAAGUACACAACACGUAUUACUGUGACUCUAACCUCUGCAACAUCCGAUUCACAGGUGCUCCAGCCAGCUCUAUUCAAGCAGCCAAUGGCAUGGAGUGCUACAGCUGUUUUGAUCGUGGCACAGGAGACUGUGCUGAAGGAAAUGCUACUCGGGUCAAAUGUUUGGGAGAUAUGAAUCAGUGCAUGGAUUUUACUGUGAUCAAUGGUGCCUGGAAAAUGACGUAUCGGACAUGUGCCCUGGAAACCUUGUGCCGCCGGCAAUAUAUGAUGCCAGAACUCUCGGGGAGACUGGAAAUAAGCUGCUGUUCUACACCUCUCUGUAACGAUGGGCGGCCUGGCCUUAAAAGCAUCUGCAGCCAUUUCUCAGAACAAGGAGUCAAGGAGAAGCCUGAGAAUGGAUUGGAAUGUGCCAGUUGCUGUGAUUUAGGCCAAGGUGAAUGUGCCCAUGGAAACUGGACUCAUGUCAAGUGUGUUGGGGAGCAGAUCAAGUGUGUAAAUGUCACAGAGAAAGGCCAUACAUUGAUGCGUGGCUGUAGCUUGGAGAAGCUUUGUUGGGAGAAACCACAGUUGCUGGGCCUGGACCGAAAUUCUUCUAUCAACUGCUGCUCCAGCUCUCUCUGCAACAGAAGUAGGGCCCCAACUGGAGAGGCUGCCUUGGUCCUUUUGCUCCUGCUUUUCUGGCUCCUUUGAUAAAAAGUCUGGAGUGUUCAAAUUUCAAGGAAGCCAAAAGAAGCUGGAGAACAGAGAGCCCAGCAUCACAAGGACUGAUGUACUAUGGCCACCUACUGUCCCUCUUGCCUCACAGCAUCCAACAUGACAAGUGUUGCACACAAGGUGGUUUUAAUUACUCCAGCCUACAUGACAAUGCUCUCUGUGAUUCUCUCCACUGUCUUUAAGUAGGAAGCUUGAAAGAAACAGGUUUAGCGUCCU